GGGGCGGUAAUGCGCCGUGAGGCUGUUUGCUAACCGCGAGAACGCUCCCAGGAAGAAAACGGGGCAGCUAAUGCUAAUAGGCAUACGUCAAAUUCAUGUAGCCAGUUAGCCAUGUAGCUUGCUAACGAGGCGUUUAUAAAAAGGUGUAUAGAGAAUACGCGGGCUCCGGUUUACGGAUCAGAUACAACAACGAAGGAAAAAAGCGAGAAAAGAUGCAAGCUGGUGACCCUGUGGUUGGUGCACCGAUGGCAGUAGCUGGUGCUCAGAGUCGGUCAGAAGACGAGGAAUCACUCGGAGUAAAAGAUGUGAAAAGGACGGCAACACAAGCGUUUGGCAGUGGUGUUCCCAAACGCAGAAGUUCAUCCAGGUCAAUAAAGAGGAAAAAGUUUGAUGAUGAAUUGGUGGAGAGCAGUCUCGUGAAGUCCUCCAGUAGAGUCAAAGGUCCUCCGGUCAUAGAGCCUGUCAGAUGCCCAGGGAGUGAACCUUCAUCUAGUGAGAAAAAGAAGGUGACAAAAUCAGGAGCUUCUCUCACACCGCCUCUCACCAUGGUAGUAAACCCUGCACCCAUCACCAAAAGAGUAAAGAAAAGCAAGCAGCCUCUACAUAUUACUAAAGACUUGGGACGAUGGAAGCCAACUGAUGACCUGCUUCUUAUAAAUGCAGUGUUACAGACCACAGACCUUACUUCUGUUCACUUGGGGGUCAAGUUCAGCUGUCGUUUCACAUUGCGGGAAAUUAAAGAGAGGUGGUACGCUCUCCUCUACGAUCCCGUCAUCUCAAAGCUGGCAUGGCAGGCCAUGCGUCAGCUUCACCCAGAAGCCAUUGCAGCAAUCCAAAGCAAAGCCCUGUUCAGUCAGCCUGAGGAGGCACUGCUGGCCAAGAUUGGUUCAACAAGUCAGCCCAAACUAGACGUGUUCCAGGAGCUCCUGAGCAAACACCCUGGUGUCUUUCACCCAUCUCGGACCCCCAAGAGCCUGCUGGUGCACUGGCAGCUGCUAAAGCAGUACUACCUACUGGAUGACCAGAGUGUCCAGCCUCUCCCUAAAGGUGAUCAGGUCCUCAACUUCUCUGAUGCCGAACAGAUGGUCGAUGACGUAAAAUUAAAGGAGAGUAGAGAUGAGGUGUUGGAACAUGAGCUGAUGAUUUCGGAUCGUCACCAGAAAAGAGAGAUCAGACAGUUGGAGCAGGAGCUGCCUCGCUGGCAGGUCCUAGUGGACAACAUCACAGGGAUGAGCAUGCCUGACUUUGACAACCAGACGCUGGCAGCGUUAAGAGGACGGAUGGUACGCUACCUCAUGAGAUCCCGAGAGAUUACGUUGGGCAGGGCGACCAAGGACAAACCCAUAGAUGUAGAUCUAGCACUAGAGGGACCUGCCUGGAAAAUAUCAAGAAAACAAGGAAUUAUUAAACUGAAGAAUAAUGGCGAUUUCUUCAUCGCUAAUGAGGGCAGACGACCGAUCUACAUUGAUGGCAGACCGGUCCUGUCAGGCAACAAGUGGAAACUCAACAACAACUCAGUGGUGGAGAUUGCAGGUCUUCGCUUUGUGUUUCUAAUUAACCUGGAACUCAUCUCACUAAUUAAAGCUGAAGCAGCCAAGAUGACGCAGCAGUGAAUGUCAGCCAUCCAGCAGAGGAGUAAACACAGGAAAUACUGGAUCCAGUCAGUCCUCCUUUUUCCAACAGUGGUUAACAGCUCCUCUCAUGCAGUAGCACAGUGGUGCUAUCACGAAUCGGACAGCCAUGUUAACUUGAAAUGUGAAUUUAAACUGACUACAGCUAAAUCCUGGAAGAAGAUAGUAACAGGUUUUACUUGUUUGGACAUUUUCCAUGUUGUUAUGUAGAUACUCUCAUGAUAGAGCUUUGUUUUUCAAGUUUUUCAGAACAUUGUAUUUAAAUUCUGUAGUAAAGCUUUUUCAAGAUAUUAAACUUGUAUACGCAAUA